AUGGAAGAUGAGGACAUAAGAUCGCCAAAUUUAACUGCUCAAGAUGGAAGUAAAAAAGAACCAAGAAUCGAUUCAAUCUUACUAGAUUCAGUUGCUCAACCGGCACCAUACACAAUCUUAAAUCGAGAUGAAAAAAUCAUUAUUGUCAUCAUAACAAGUCUUUCAGCAUGUUUCCAAGCAGCUGCUAUAGCUCCAAUAAUUUCAAUAAGUUCAGCAAUAAUGUCAGAUAUAACAGAGACCAAAGAUAGGGGUAAAUAUAUUGGAGCUAAUAUUGGAUUACAAUUGGUUGGUCAGGCUUUUGGAUCAUUGGUUGGUUCUUUAUUAAUUGCCAGAUUUGAUACUUGGAGAAGUUUGUUUGUCUUUUUGGCGAUUGGAAGUGGGAGUGUUAUGGUUAUUGUUAUGAUUGUUUUGCCUGAGACUAAUAGGAAAUUAGUUGGGAAUUUAUCUGUUACACCAAUUAAUAUAUUAAAUAGAGCACCUAUACUUCAUUUAUCAUCUUUUCAAAGAAGGCUCAAUAAUGCUACUGAAACAAUUUUAAAAGGUGAACCAAUCAAUUAUUUAGAUCCUUUCAAGAUUUUAUUCCAACCUAUGAUAUUUAUGGCGAUGUUAGCUAGUGGGUUUCAAUUCACUGCUUUUACAAUGUGUUUAACAUCAAUGUCAACUUUGCUAGAGGUGGAUUAUGGUUUUACGAUAAUUCAAGUUGGUUUAUGUUAUUUGGCACCUGGGUUAGGAACACUAAUGGGUUCAUAUAUAACUGGUAGAAUUAUUGAUUUUUUAUAUGCAAAACAAAAGAAUAAACAUACUGCCGAGUAUAGUCAUUUGCAGGUUGAUGAGAGACCAAAGUUCAAUUUGGUUGAAAGUAGAUUCCAAACUUCGGGUUAUACCACCACCAUAAUAGCUUUAUUCUUGGAAGUGUUUGGUUGGUGUUUACAAUACCAGAUUCACAUUGCACCUAUGUUAAUAUCAACUUUUUUCAUAUCAAUUGGAACCGUCUCAUUUAUAAGUAGUAUGAAUACUUUAUUACUAGAUUUAUUUCCUGACAAAGGUUCAUCAGCUACUGCUUGUCUAAAUAUCGUCAGAUGUUUACUUGCUGCUUGUGGAAUUGGUGUUUUACAAAAUAUGGUUGAUGCAAUAGGUCUUGGAGGUACCUAUACCAUAAUGUCAGGUUUCGUAUUGACAUCAUUUUUAGUUCUACUAUUUAUCAAAAAACGUGUAUCACACCAACUUAAAGAUUAA